AUGGCCGACGUCAUGACCGAGCAUCCAGACUUGUCGGAGCUGGCUGGUUCCCCAUCUCCUGGCCAGAAGCGAAAGCGCGACGACUUAUCAGAGUCGAUGAGUCCAGGUCAAGCUAAGCGCGUCAGUGCUGGACUUUCAGAUGCCGACACUGCAGCCUUCAUCGAGAAUGCUGUUGAGGCUGCUCAAGUCGCUGCACACAACGGUGUCAGCGCCGCCGAUUUCAGCGCCCUGCAACAAGCUGCGGCUGCUGAACAUUCCGAGGCAGCUGAUCCCGCCAAUGCUUCUAGUACUGCUGCCGCUGCCCUUGGAUCGAUGUAUCCUACCCUCCAUGUUCCUCCUACCACCGAAGAGCAGUUCGCCGCACAGACAAGCAACGACCCUACCCACGGUCAAGACCAUGGCUUCAGUCAUGCAGACCUGAGCCCGCCGGACGGGCUACCCGGCCUUCCCACCGUUCCCCAACCCACAAAUGGCCUCCAGGCUGUGCAAACUCAGCAAUCUCACCAGCCCCACCAGCAGCAUCAGCCUCCCCCGCCGCAGCACCGUUACUCAUCUGGAUCAGCUGGCACUCCCGCUAAGAAACCGGAUGUUGGCUCAGAAGAAUGGCACAAGAUGCGUAAAGACAACCACAAAGAGGUUGAGCGUCGUCGUCGUGAAACCAUCAACGAAGGCAUCAAUGAGUUGGCCAAGAUUGUGCCCAACUGCGAGAAGAACAAAGGCUCAAUUCUUCAGCGUGCUGUAACUUUCAUCAACCAACUCAAAGAGAAUGAGACACAAAACAUUGAGAAGUGGACUCUUGAGAAGCUGCUCACGGAGCAAGCUAUAGCAGAGCUCAGUGCCUCCAAUGACAAGCUGAAGCAAGAGUGCGAACGUCUCUACAAGGAACUAGAGACUUGGAAACGAGUUGCUCAGAACGCGGGUCUCUCAUACCCUCAGGCAAACAAGGAGGAACCGGCGGGUACGACCUAG